AUGUCCUCCAAGGAUGAUCGGAAACUCGAGAGCGGAACGGCCGCUGCUCCGCCUGGCACCGGGCUGCACCCCGCGUUCUACAUUGUGCUGUGGAUCGGAUUGAGUUCGAGUGUCAUUCUGUUCAACAAAUGGGUGCUGUUUUCUGCCAAAUUCGAUUUCCCGCUGUUUCUUACAUCAUGGCACAUGACGUUCGCGACCGUGAUGACCCAGAUCCUGGCCCAUUUCACCGACAAGCUGGACUCGCGACACAAGGUCCCCAUGACGCCGGUUACAUAUACCAAGGCGAUUGUGCCCAUUGGUAUCAUGUUCAGUUUGAGUCUGAUCUGCGGUAACCUGGCGUACCUCUACCUGAGCGUGUCGUUUAUCCAGAUGCUCAAGGCUACUAAUGCGGUCGCUACUCUGCUCGCGACCUGGGCUUUCGGCAUUGCGCCGGCCAACAUGCGCACUCUCGGCAAUGUCAUGCUGAUCGUCGUGGGUGUUGUGAUCGCGUCCUUCGGCGAGGUCAAGUUCGACAUGUUCGGAUUCCUGAUCCAAAUCGGCGGUAUCAUCUUCGAGGCGCUCCGUCUGGUCAUGGUCCAGCGCCUUCUCAGCUCCUCCGAAUUCAAAAUGGACCCUCUGGUUUCCCUCUACUACUUCGCGCCCGCAUGCGCCGUGACCAACGGUGUCGUGACCUACUUCUAUGAACUGCCCCGUCUGACGAUGGGCGAUAUCAACAACCUCGGAGUUGCGACCCUUGUCGCGAACGCCCUGGUCGCAUUCCUGCUCAACGUCUCUGUCGUUCUUCUGAUCGGCAAAACCUCCGCCGUCGUCCUCACCAUGGCCGGUAUCCUCAAGGACAUCCUCCUGGUCGUCGCAUCGAUGGUCAUCUUCCUGGACCCCGUCACCCUGCAGCAAUUCUUCGGAUACUCGAUCGCCCUGGCCGGCCUGGUCUACUACAAGCUCGGCGCGGAGAAGAUGCGAUCGCUCACCACGGACGUGCGUCUCCAGGUGGGCGAGUACCGUCGCGACAACCCGGCCAAGGUCAAGGGACUCGUUCUGGGCGUCGUCGUUGCCGUGGUCCUGUUUGUGCUGUAUGCAGGCAAGCCGUCGCAAGCUGCCGCAGGAGUUGCGUCGGGAGUCCCCGCGACGUAG